AGCUCAUUUUUAUCAUUUCUGAAAAUUGCAUAUAGACUCUAUUGGGUUAAUUUGAGUUUUACGAAUUUAAACUAAAAAUAACUAGUUUAAUUUUCUUCACUCCAUUCUUCAAACCAAGAUUCAACCUCCAAGAAAAUCACAAAAAAAUGUUGAAAUCAGUAUUCAACCGACAGAAACACCCAUCAUCAUCAACAACAACCCGUCCAUUCAAAGAAUACUACACAGAAUGGUUCAACACACUCAAAAACAACCUCCUCCCACUCCUCCGCCGAUCAAUCUCCACCGACUCCCUAACUCUUCUCUCAACUCACGUUGAGUUAAUCCACCAACACUUUCAAUCUUACUACCACACUCUCGACUCCGCCGCCACCUCCAACCCCUCCCAACUCCUCCACCAAGACUGGCGUACCUCCUUAGAAAAACCUCUCCUCUGGAUUUCCGACCUGCACCCUUUCCUCUUCACAAACCUCGCCCGCUCUUUCCUUGACGAAGAAACAGACCCCGACGAUGAAAUCAGUAUUUCAUCUUCGUCGUUGGUUUCAGUUUCUUCGGAGAAUCGUCCGUGGCAAAUCGCCAUGGCGUGGAGAAACCCAUCGGAGACGCUAAUAACACGCAUGGAACAAAUAGAAUGCGGUUUGAAAUCGAUAGUUCCCACGCUUACCGAAAGACUCGCACGUGCGGAGGGUGUUUUCGUUGAACGUGUUGUUGGUGAUUGGUUUAAGUGUAGAGAACGGGGAGAUAAUAAAGGGAAAGUUAUUUUGGGUGGUGACGUGGAUGUUUAUUUGGAAGAGUUUGUUAGUGUUUUAGUUUAUGCUAAUAGAUUAAGGAGAAGUGUUCUUGUUGAUAUUAUUAGUGCUGCUACUGUUUAUCAAGCUGCUUUGUUUCUUGAAGGAUUGGCUCAGUUUCUUAUUGGUUUUAAAGAUCAUGAUUUGGUGUUUGCUGUUCAACAUUGCAAGAAUGUUUCUUUUGAGGGGAAAGAUAAAGAGUUUUGUCGUUCAAGGUGUCAUUGAUGGAAGAAAAGGAUUAAUUUUGUUGUUACAAUGAUAGAUUGUAAUGUUUAAUUCCUAUUCUUUUUUUUGUUGUUUUGGUAUAUAAUAAUGUAAUGUGUAUGAUAGAGUGUGAAUUGAAGUGGAGUUGUUGAAGUGAAUUUGGAGUUAUGAUAUUGAGAAGGCCCAGUUUGUGUUUUGAUUUAUAGUUGCAUAUAGGAGAGAGAUUUGAAUGUAAUGUAGUGUUUAAGAUGUAGCAGAAUUGCAGAUGUAUCAUUUCUGUUAUAAAUAUUUUUUGAAUAUCUUC